AGCCCAGCCCCGGCUGGGGUUACUCUCGGGCAUCCUGCUCCUCGGCAGAUGACUGCCUGGAUGCACUUUGCAGAGGAAAUGGCAAACCUGGGGGUGGCGGGGGAGCUGCUGCAGGUGCCUCUUCUCAUGCCUGCUGCUUCUGCUGGUGCUGCCCAGACCCGCCGCUUCGGACCCCAGAUCACGCUUUUGCCACUUGUGUGCUGAAUACCAGCCCGAGUAAUUCCUCUCUAUCAUCCUCCAGGAAUGGCUCUUAUCAGCGGUACAAAGCUAUUGAAAUGAAUGAAGUCCUCCAAGGUCUGAUGUUCACCAUCCACACAGAUACACCAGUCCCCUGAGAUUACACCGUGCCAAUUCAUCACACUUUUAAGAGAUCCACAGCAAAACGCACCGACUAAACGCAUUGGUCCCCCAGUCGUGGAGAUGCCUCAUAAUUUGACAGGAGAAAAUGGUUUCAAUUUCAAUUCGAAGCUAACUUUUCCCAGUGCAUCCAGUCCAGUUGAAAACAGCCUAAGUUGUGAUACGCCGAGCUCCAAGGAGCCCUGUACCACUCCCCUGAGCAAUGGCACCUUAUACUCUGAUGCAAACAGCCCCUCGGACUCCUGCAUUAAACCUCUGUGCAACGCCACGGCUGAAGCAGAAGCCCAGUACGACCCAGGAGUCGAGUACGUCUCCUCCGAAGGAGACACCCUGACAUGUGGGUGGGGGGCUUUCGCACCUAGUUGCUUGCAGAUCUUCAAUACCCCAAAGGGAAUCUUGUUUUUCCUCUGCGUGGCUUCUUUCUUGCAAGGCAUGACUGUCAAUGGCUUCAUUAAUACAGUCAUCACAUCAAUAGAGCGGCGCUUUGACCUGCGCAGCUACCAGAGCGGGCUGAUUGCAAGCUCGUAUGAUAUAGCAGCAUGCGUCUGUUUGACAUUUGUCAGCUACUUUGGGGGGAAUGGCCACAAGCCACGGUGGCUGGGGUGGGGGGUGCUGAUUAUGGGCAUCGGCUCCCUCUUGUUUGCCCUCCCUCACUUCACCACGAGUCGGUACGAAGUGCAUUUCCCCGAAGACAUCGGCAUGUGCUCUUCGAACCAGAGCAUGCACUGUUCAGAAACGGUCUCGAGCCUCUCCACCUACAGAUUUAUCUUCAUGCUUGGGCAGUUCCUGCAUGGGAUCGGAGCAACGCCGCUCUACACUCUCGGAGUGACCUAUUUAGAUGACAACGUCAAGUCUAGCUACUCCCCGGUGUAUAUUGCUGUUUUCUACACUGCUGCCAUCCUUGGCCCUGCAGCAGGGUACCUGGUAGGAGGACUGUUUCUAAAUAUUUACACUGAAUUUGGCAGAGAAGUUGAUGUAACCCCAGAUAACCCUCACUGGGUUGGGGCCUGGUGGAUAGGAUUUCUGGGUGCCGGAGCUGCCUCCCUUCUCAUUGCCUUCCCCAUUCUGGGUUACCCUCACCGGCUGCCAGGAUCCCAGCGUUACAUUGUCAUGAGAGUCUCCGAGGCUCAUCAACUGAAAGACGGGAGCCACAAGACCGCGUCGGACCCCGACUUUGGGAAAACAGUGAAAGAUCUGCCUCGAUCAGUCCUGCUGCUCCUGAAGAACCCCACCUUCAUCUUCCUCUGCUUAGCUGGAGCCACUGAAGCCACGCUCAUAGCUGGGAUGUCAACCUUCGGCCCCAAAUUCCUCGAGUCACAGUUCAGUUUAAGUGCCUCUGUUGCUGCUACGUAUUUUGGUUACCUUGUCGUGCCGGCAGGGGGAGGAGGCACCUUCCUGGGAGGCUUCUUUGUGAAUAAAUUUAACCUCCGCUGCUCAGGAAUCAUCAAACUGUGCCUGUGUUGCACCCUAUCGAGUCUGCUGGCCAUUUUCAUCUUUUUUAUUCACUGCCCUAACAUGCCUAUGGCAGGAGUAACGCAAGCGUACGACGGAAGUGUCUUGCCUGGAAGCAGUGUGAACCUGACUACAGCCUGCAACGCAGACUGUGACUGUCUAAGGGAGGUUUACAGCCCGGUCUGCGGGAGCAACGACAUCAUGUAUUACUCUCCCUGCCAUGCAGGGUGCAAAACGCUAUCUACCAGUAGUAGCCAAAAGGUUUACCAGGAAUGCAGUUGCAUUCUGGGGAACACCACCGAUGUUGGCCAAGCGACGGCGGGGAAGUGCACCUCCUCUUGCCAGACAAUGCCCCUUCUCAUGUGUCUCAUGUUCGUUGUGAUUCUCUUCACGUUCCUGAGUAGUAUCCCUGCUCUGACGGCAACUCUUCGGUGUGUCUCAGACAGACAGCGAUCGUUUGCACUAGGAAUCCAGUGGAUUGUAGUAAGAACUCUAGGAGGUAUUCCCGGUCCUAUUGCCUUUGGUUCGAUGAUCGAUAAAUCGUGUCUGCUUUGGCAGGACCAGUGUGGAGAACAAGGUUCUUGCUACGUUUAUCAGAAUUCGGCCAUGAGUCAACAUACUCUGAUCGCCGGACUUGUCUACAAGGUGCUUGGAACCGUCUUCUUUCUGCUGGCAUGCUUACUUUAUAAACCACCUACACCAGAGUCCCUUCCAGGCAGCUCAGAUGCAUCAGAAAAUGGUAACAGUGACCUCCAGGAGAACAGAUCUUCAGUCCAGACUGAGAUGGAUGUAUAGCACUGUUAAUACCGUGAGAGACUUAUUCCCAGCCUAAGAACAUAUCAUGGAAACUGGUUACUGUGUCUGGUUUUUAUUGAUAUUAAUUUCCUAACUUUCCUUCUUUUUAUUUAAAGAAAAAGAAUCACUUGCCUGGUUUGGCUGAAUGUUUCCUUAACAGCAGAAAGCAUAUGUGAAGAUGCGUGUGCUAAUGCCAUACACUGCAAUUUCAUUUUAUUUAAAGAAGGGCUACCCAUAGUUUCCUACCACUCCUAUAAGAAACUUGAGCCAAUUAAUCAGAAACCCAGCAUUCCUCUACAGGAUCCAGUCCCAGCUGGUGUAAAUUUGCUUUCAUUCAAUUCAAAGAAGAGCAUUUGCACUCACUGAGGACUUGGCCCAUAUACAACAUACAAUAUACAGUCAACAGUAGCUAAGGACUUUGGUUCAGAUGUUUGAGGGCUGAACAAACGCCUGCCCUCACGGUAUCCAUCUGCAUCGCAAAGAAGAAGUCUGGCCCUGAAGCUGGGAUAUGCAAAGCAAGGAACAGACACAGUGACUUCUUUCUUCCUUGAACACAUACAGCAGGCCUUGUUUUCUAUCUGCGUUCAACCCUUUGGUUCAUCUAAAGAAGAUAGUUCAUAUUACCAUGCAAUGAAACAAUGUUUAACACCAAGGAUUACUUGGCUGAUCCAUCAAUGGACUACACACACCACCCUAUUGAGACUCUACCAGCCCUGGCUAUUUUAACUGUCAUUACCCAGUCAUUUUACACCUACCACCUCUGGUUUUGUGGUUCGACUUGCAGUAUAAUUAUAAUCUUUAUUGGUUUGGACCUCCCUUUUUCUGUAAAGAGCUGGACUUCACCGCUCUUGUUCCCUUAGACAUUCUGUUGUUGGACACAGAAACACAUGAAAUAUGGAUCUAUGCAAUGUUUGCUUUGUCUGCUCAACAAAGACAUUUGUUUUUAGGUACAAGCAGAAAAAUCCAAAUGAAUUUAUUUUUUCUUUAUGCUGCUAGUCUGGGGCACCUAACAUGGUAACACACUGUACUGUAUAAGGGGGCUAAGGGCCCAGUUUCUCGGCUGCUGUAAAUAGACUUAGCACCACUGAAGUCAAUGGAGCUAUGCUGAAUUGUGCCCGUUGACAAUAUGGCCCAUUGUUUGAAAAUGUCUUGGCCUAGAUUCUCCAAAAAAAAAAAAAAGGGCGAGGAGGGUGUUUAAAUUUGCCCUUGCAGGGCCAAAUAACAGGAUUUAAGCCUCUGACUGACAGAUUUAUGUAUCUGUCUUACUUGUUCCUCCCAAAUCUGAUCAUUCAAAAGAUGAUUUUUUGUGUCUGCAAAUGUUUGCACAAUCAGCUCUGUGUUAGUGGUGGGUGGAGGCCCCCUUGGCGAUGUUGGCCAACCCUAUGCUGUGUUUAGAAUGACAGGGCAUUCACUCUUGAGCUGUUUAAUUGGCACUUAACUUUUACCGCAAGGUAUUUAGAAUCACUGUUUCUGUCACGAUUUUGUAUGUUUGAUACAUUUUGUUUUCCUAAAACCAGGAUGCGGGUUGAUCAGCUGGUUUGAGUUUGGGAUCGUAGGACCAAAUGCACUCCGAGCACAUUCCAAGCCCGUGCACAGGUGGCCCCUUUAAACAUGGGUAUCUUGUUCUAAGGAAGGGAGGAUUUAGGGUAAAGGUAAAUCUGGGACUCGCGUGAAAUAAUCUAUCCUCUCGGUGGCAUUCAGCGAGUGGGUUCUGUUGGGAAGGUUACCCCUUCCAUUCACAAAUGCUCCUCUGCCAAGGUCAGCUGUAUACCUUGCCAAAAAGCGUCGCUGCCAUUGAAAGAUGUAUUUUAGGACAGAGAACCACUGGCUGGACACGGUCCACCCAGUAACCAUUCUGCCAGAGCCAAUGAAGUGUCUCCCAGUAUGAGCUGCUCUGUCACAGCCAGAACAACCGCUCCCCAUCUCAGUGAAGCCCUUACUCGAUGUAUGCAGAACACGUGCAGAUGCAGCGCUUCGGGGAUGGUGUCUUUCUGCAAGCGGAGACCCUACAAAGUGAAAACCUGCUGGUUCCUUCACUUAUUUUCAGCACUUGUGGAGAUUUGAAGGAGCAGAAUUAGUCCCAAAGAGAUUAACUCCAACAGCACACCAAAAAAAGAAAUAAUUAUUUAUCAUCUCCAACAGUUUUAUUAGCCAGCUGUAACCAAGACAACCACUAUCUGCAAGAGUCCAUCACUUGUUUUCUUCUCAAGGGUAUUACACUCGGCAAACCAUAAAGACUUUGGACCGCAGCGUUCUUUGGGAAGGGAGAGUUGCACAAAUGUAUUUUAGUAACAUAUUUUGUGUAUAACUAUUUAUAAAAUUAGACAUUUUUUAAUAUAUUUCGCCUGAUGCAUCACUAGUAUUUCUCAUGUGGAAUUGGCUUGUAUUGUUUCAUGAUCAAAUGGCAAAAUACUGGUGUUUUAUUACGUUGAUGUGCGAGUGUGGAGUCUUGGUUUUGAAAAAUUAAACGAGUUCCUAUUCAGGUGUCAUUUAUUCCAUGUUAUGAAUGGGAAGUUUUUAUUUGGGGGAGGCCAUUCUCCAGUCUCAUUUGAAGUAUAAUAUUCCUGUGAAGUGACAGAAAUAUAAUCCGUAUUUCAUGGGGACUUGGAAUGUGUCUUCCAUUGACUCCAAAUCAUUGACUGAUGCUUUUGAGGCAUGACUUUGAAUUCAUUUAGCCAUGGCUAUAAGGUACCCAGCAACUGGAACAUGAGCCUAGAUACCUACCACACCCAACGAAGCCAGGGAGAACGGCAGGGUUGACCACCUCCCUGGACAAAACUCUUGUGUGUCCCAUCCCAUUCUUUGGAUGGUGGUUGAAAGUUUGAUUCACUACAGUUUUAUAUCUCUCUUUUUUUUUAAUGAUUAUCCCUUUCUUCUUGAGCUGAUGGAGGAAGGUUAUGCAGGGAAGAGAAUGUUCCCCCUGGAUGCAACUGCUUGCCAUGCAAGUAUCUCUCAAUGGUCAAAUCGGGCAGCCAUGUGAAAGAGGUGGGUCUGUUUUAGAAAGGUUUCAAGCAGGUUUACGGUUUGAGAUUGCAAUCCAACACAGGCUGGAGACAAUGGAAAGAGUCUUGACUUGUGGGCACGAGAUGAAGUUAAGUGUGAGAAGACACUUCUGAUGAGCUAUCUAGUUGUGUUUCUGAAAAAGGCCCAUCCUGCCAUCUGUGCUCUCUGGGCUCGUCUAGUACCUUCGGAGUGGUGGGGGAAGGUGUCCCUGUGGUAUGACGCCACCUCAUACUAAUGAGCUCCAGUACAAAGAAGUCUGAUUGGCGUGUCGAUUAGAUUGCCUAAAUUCUAGGUUUCUUCUUCGGGUGCUACGCCUAGAAUAAAACUAGGUUUCUUGGUACAACUCGUUUCUUGAUGAGACAGUGCAUGGAAGGCAAAUGGCAGUCUCCCCAACCCAACUCUAAGGGGAAAGCUAAGAACCUUUGGUCAAAGAUUUGUGUUGAAAGUAGGACCAAAAAUGUGGAUUUUUGUAGAAAAGAUGGAAGUGGGGCAAGCCCAUACACAAGCCAGGCAAACAAAGCUUUAAGGUGCUUCUGAUCUGAGCAGAGUUUUUCUCUUCUUUAUUCCAGCCCAGGGGAGCUGUGAAUGUAAUGAUGAAUACGAUUAUUUUUAUAAACUGGGCUGGGAUUAACUGAGAGUGCAAAAUAUUGGGCAAUGGAGCUACUGCACCUACUGUCAGCACAGGACGGUGCCUCUGCUCUACGCAUGAGUAGCAGCAUCUGGCUUCCGGGGACAACAUGACAUUUAAGUUAUCAAAGAAGAAGAAUGAAAUGAGCAACAUUAGGACCACACUUAUACUUGCAUGAACCCAGGGUAACUCCGUUCAAGCCUGGGAAGUUACUCUGAAUUUCUACUAUUGUGAAUGCGGUUCAAAUCCAGGCCACAUCCUACGUAUUUUCACUUCUUGCAUUGUUUUCUCUCUAUGCAUCAUGCAGUUCAGAUUAAGAAAAAGAAACCACAAGGGAUCAAGUUACCCAAAAGAUAUGAGGCAGAAAGAAUUACUAGUAAAGAGAUGAAGCUAAUGAGUUCUUUGUUAAACAGGAGGAAAAAAGCAAUUGCAAAAUGAACAUUUUGUUUGGAAACUUCCAGGAGAAUUUAAAAUCUCAUUACAGCAAAGCUUCAAAGGUUUGUAUUUCUUUGCAGUUUUCCCCCCAUGAAUUGUUUUGGGCCCUGACCCUGAAAACAGCCAUACACACAGACAAAACCUUCAAGCCAUCACUUCUUGUGAGUACGAAGGUUUAGCUCACAUUGAUUUGAGUCAAUUAACAAUUACACCUUUUAAGAGCUUAGGUCAUUGCUCGCUUCACUUUUUCUUCUUCUUUUUGAUUAGAAGAACCAACAAACCGGCCUUGUUGGAGUUGAUAGCCCUCUCCUAGCCCUUGACUGUGUAAAGCAUGGCAUUUGUGAAAUAUGGUGUGCAGCACAGAGGCAUUAGUAGAUAUAAAACCGAUUGAAUCUUAAAUGCCUUUGACAUCCAUUGCCCAUAUUUGUAAUAUGGAAAUAUUGUUUUUUGUAUUGGUGCAUCACAAUAAACUAUUGAAAUUAA